UGAAAAUGGAGUUCGAUUAAAGCAGAUGUCCGCUAACUUCUGAGUUACUAAAACGGGCUGGGGUAUUAUUUUUUUUUCAAUUUUCAAAAACAUCCCUCGGUGAACAUUUUGUGGAUUAGAAACAAGCGUGGCUUCGUCCCCCCUCCCCUCCCUUCCUUCCUCGUUUCUUCCCUCCCUCCAUUUUUCCUAUCGCGGACAUUACUCGGACACGUUGGCGGAGCAAGGCUGGCUUUUUUUUUUCUUUUUUUUUUCUCUCCUCCCUUUUAACAACAAGGAGGCUUCUUCUUCAAGUGUCGUCCCGGGCGCCGGACAUCAACUUGGCGAAUGGAUGCUCGGCACCCCGACGCGAAUAAGCUGGCAAACAUUACGGGGUUUAAUAUUUUCUGCGUUUUUUGAGGAUAUAACACGUCUUUUUUUUUUCUUCUCCCCCUACCUCUCCCCGCCCGCAUCAACCGCCUCGGGGGUUGUGGUUGUUGAAAGAAGAUGGCUCAUUUUGUGUCGGAUUUGUCUUCCAGGGAGGAGAAAUUGUCAUUCCUCCGAGCGAUCGGCGGCUAAAGAAAGCUAGCUGCCACUUCUUUUUUUUUUUUUUUUUUUUUUUGCUCCUCACCACUAUUCUUUUAUGGUCUUUCUGAGGAAAAAAAAGGAAAACCAAAAAACUCCCCGUCACAGAUGAUCAUAAACUAAACUAAAGACGGCUUGGUUACACAUGUGAAGGGGAAAAAAUGGUGAAUUUUGUGCUCUUUUGCAAUGCGCCGUCGAUGCUAUUGCUAGGAUCUCCGUAAGGAAGAAAAUGAGUGAAGAUUCAACAAAUCCAAACAACGAUGACAGUUAUGCGCGUGUGAGAGCAGUGGUCAUGACGCGGGAUGACUCCAGCGGUGGGUGGCUUCCCUUGGGCGGCGGAGGCCUUAGCUGCGUUACCGUCUAUAAGGUCAACCGGGUGGAGGACAGCGGCAGCACCCAUAGCGGUGGCAACAGAGGGAGCACCGGCAACCUCAGCCCCUGUAGCUCCAGUCCGACUCCAAGCCUCAGUCCCAGCCCUAGUCCCAGUCCAACAGCGGUGGAGUUCUACAUAAAAGGCGAGAGGCUCAAAGACAAAUUGGUGGUGCUGGAGUGUGUCCUGCAGGAAGGUCUGGUAUACAAUAAGGUCAACCCCAUCUUCCACCACUGGAGAAUCAACAACAAGAAGUUCGGACUCACCUUCCAGAGCCCUGCUGACGCUCGGGCAUUUGAUCGAGGCAUACGCAGGGCUAUUGAGGACAUCAGCCAAGGCCGCAAGCCAUUUGGUGAAGGGGAUGCUCCUGAAAAUGGAAUACCAGCAUGUGAGGAGCCUCCCUCCAUCCGCACCCCCAUGAAGGAGCCCUUCUCCCCCUUGAACAAUGUCGUCUCCACGGAGCCCUUCCGAGGCUGCUACGUACGCCCUCAGCCCUUUGACGAGUUCCCAUCCAGCAACCGCCGCUACCUGCCGCCACAGGUGUCAUUCAAGCCGACGCGCCACGUCAGCUUUCACAUGGACGAAGAAGAGAUCGUCCGCAUUAACCCGCGCAAGGACGUGCUCAUCCGGGGCUACGAGGACUACCGCCACCCGGUCAUGUGGAAGCAGGAUUCGGACCGCGAGGACCUGGACUUCCCUGCCACCUUCCACAAACUGGACACUAAGAAGUGCGAGUACCUCUUCCCCGACGGCCCCGGCGGGGACUCCCACUCGGGGCCCGGUCUGGGCAUGGACACUGCCAUCAAGACUCAGCCCUCACCGCUGCUGAAAUCCACAAAGGGGCGGCGGCGGCGGGAGGACGGCGAGCGCUCGCGCUGCAUCUACUGCCGGGAGAUGUUCAACCAUGAGGACAACUGGCGGGGGCAGUGCCAGGACGCCCCCGACCCCAUCAAGCAGUGCAUCUACAAAGUCAGCUGCAUGCUGUGCGCCGAGAGCAUGCUCUACCACUGCAUGUCCGACUCGGAGGGCGACUUCUCGGACCCGUGCUCGUGCGACACCUCCGACGAGCAGUUCUGCCUGCGCUGGCUCGCCCUGGUGGCGCUCUCCUUCAUCGCGCCCUGCAUGUGCUGCUACCUGCCCCUGCGCGCCUGCCACCACUGCGGCGAGGCAUGCCGCUGCUGCGGGGGUAAGCACAAGGCGGCCGGGUGACGCUGCCCCCCCGGACACCCUCAAAGCUAGCUAACACAGGAAGCGGAUCAAUUCCAAGCCGGCAUCCUUUUUUCCUUCCCCUCUCAGACGGGGCGAUGUUCUUGAUCGCCAGCUCUGAGGGCGUUUGGUGAUUUCAGUUGGCGUUUGGCGCGACAAGCUGCGGUAGAGGACUAACUUAAGCUUUUGCGGGGUGGAAGGGGCGUCGAGAUAAGUCCGGGAGCUUCUUCUGAGGACGUGAGGAGACGAAGAUUAACAGACUUGGAGAUGUUACUAAACGCACCUGUGCACACACACACACAGACACAUACACACACACACACACACGCUCAUUGACAAACCACAGGUUUAAAGAACUCUACUACAAGAAAUGUGUAACUUUAUGAAGGAACGUGUCUUUUGUACAAACAAAAACUACAAGAAAACUAUCCAGAAAAUUAACUUGCUGUUUAAGUAUGCUAAAAGGGAUACCUUCUUGCUUUCUUUUUCGUGUGAAGUUGCAGUCGGGUAACAGUGGCCUUUCUCCUUCAUGACAGUGUAAUUAGUAGACAGAAAAAAAAAACAUGCACUCGACACGGCGUUCAUCUCUCACAUUAGUGUCAUUCUGUGUUACUUGAUCCCUUCUUUCCAACAAAAUCUCACGUAGAACAUUUGAUUGCAUUCCAAAACCAAACAAAGGGACUCAUUCCAUUGUGGGAAGGGAAAAAUGGUCACCAUGCUGACUUUCCCUCUUAAGUACAAAAAAACAGUUUUUCAAAGAUGGCAUCUUAAUGGGUUUGUUUUUAGCUCACUUAUUAUAUCUGCUGUAGUUUCAUCCUCCUGUUAAGAUUCAAAGUUUUGCUCAACCAGCAAGUUUUUGUUUUGGUGUCAGUGCUUCUAUUGGAAAAAAAAAAACGACCAGGCACUUAAAAACCAGGCUAGUCUUUCAUUGAUUCUUGAAUUAGUCUGUAGAUAAAAAGCACUAAUCUUCAACGCUUUGGUUGCAGCACCCUCUCCAAAAAAAAAAAAACAACUGUUUGUGUCACAAUCACUUCUUUUUAUUUUGAUACUUUUUUGUGCUCCUCCCUCGUCAUGUCCCGUGUUCACUCCUUCAUGUGUCUUUGUUUAAUAAGCCCUGGAUGAAUGACUGCAUUGUUUCAGGAACGUUGAGUAUGUCAGCUAUUUAAUACACACAAAUGGUGCGUGUGUAGGUCUUCACAUGCACUGGUAACGUCCAAACGUUGACAACUUUUUUUUGACUUUGACUGACCGGCGUCCUUUUCCCUUAAAAGGAAUUGUCUUAUUUCCUUUGGGAGGCGAUGAGUAUAUUCACUAAGAAAACAUUUGUAAGAUAAGCUAGCAAGCUAUUAAUUAGCACUUCAGAGUAGUCCUAAAGGUGUGUGAGAUUGUGAAAAAACAACAACACCCUCUUAGGGCACAGCACUGUUUUGUUGGCGUUUGAAUUAACAUUAAAUAUGGCAUUACUAUUUACAAUACAAGUACACGCACGCACACACAAAGCAACAUCCUGCCGUGCUACUGCAGUUUUAUGACUUUGAGUCGUAAAAAAAAAUUGUACAAAAAUAACGGAUGUGCGUUCGCAGUGUUUGGAUCGUGAAAAUUGUAGUACUGCUGUUAAAUAAUGGGCAUGAAAAACAAGCUUUUUAUUUCGAGAUAUGUGACCACUAAUGUCACCGGGGUCAAAGCUGAGAUUUAAAAAAAAAAAAAAAAGCCCUUUCAAAUGUAAUUAAUGGAAGUUGUUGACAUUUUGAAAGCGGAUUUGUCAACUAUAUCAGAUUAUUAGUAGUUUUGCAAACCAGUUAAUGGAAAAAUGUGGCUGACAGAUCGGGCAGUGUCAUUCCAGAUUUGUGAAGUAGGAGAUUACUUCCGUAUUUUUCAGAGUAUAAGUCGCUCCGAAGUAUAAGUCGCACCUGCCGAAAAUGCAUGAUAAAGAAGGAAAAAAACAUUUAAGUCACACUGGAGUAUAAGCCGCAUUUUUGGGGGGAAAUUUAUUUGAUAAAACCCAACACCAAGAAUAGACAUUUGAAAGGCAAUAUAAAAUAUAUAAAGAAUAGUGAACAACAGGCUGAAUAAGUGUACGUUAUAUGACGCAUAAAUAACCAACUGAGGUGUCUGGUAUGUUAACGUAACAUUACGGUAAUGGUCAUUCAAAUAACUGUAAUAUAUAGAACAUGUUAUACGUUUACCAAACAAUCUGUCACUCCUAAUCGCUAAAUCCCAUGAAAUCUUAUACGUCUAGUUUCUUACGUGAAUGAGCUAUAUAAUAUUAUUUGAUAUUUUACAGUAAUGUGGUAAUAAUUUCACACAUAAGCCGCAAACUAUGAAAAAAGCUGUGACUUAUAGUCCGAAAAAUACGGUACAUUAUAGUUAAAAUAGAUAGAUUUUUGAAUAUGUAUUAUCACUGCAUAAUUGGGCUCCAAAGUUGCGAAAGGACGAGAUUGUCAUUUUCAAAUUUCUGCGUUUUUCGUACCGCAUCAUUGUAAUUAUGCUGGUUUCUGAGACUACAGGCCAACAUUAAGCAUUUUCAUCCCACGAUAAGCUUAUAAUUGCUGCUGUUUGCGAAAUGAUGUCGUCUUCUGGCGGCCAAAUUGUUUUUUUAAGAAAUUUUGUGAAACAACAUCUUACAGAGACGACAUAACCACCUAUCAGCACUGUUGUUUCCAUGCAAAACAGAUGUGAAAUGAGGUUAUCCCCUACUACAAACAUCCACUCAGCCAGUGGAAUUAAAGAUCAAAGUUUUAAGCUUCCCGAUUUUAUCAAACGCAGUAUAAAUUCACUGAUUCCCCCGUAGCGUGAAAUUAAACGAACCAAAUGUACACAAAAACAUCACCAACCGUACGUGAUUAACCGCUUAGUUUUACCAAUUGGCAGUUAAUUUGAGCAUGUACAGUGGGGCAAAAAAGUAUUUAGUCAGCCACCGAUUGUGCAAGUUCUCCCACUUAAAAUGAUGACAGAGGUCUGUAAUUUUCAUCAUAGGUACACUUCAACUGUGAGAGACAGAAUGUGAAAAAAAAUCCAGGAAUUCACAUUGUAGGAAUUUUAAAGAAUUUAUUUGUAAAUUAUGGUGGAAAAUAAGUAUUUGGUCAACCAUUCAAAGCUCUCACUGAUGGAAGGAGGUUUUGGCUCAAAAUCUCACGAUACAUUCAUUCUUUCCUUAACACGGAUCAAUCGUCCUGUCCCCUUAGCAGAAAAACAGCCCCAAAGCAUGAUGUUUCCACCCCCAUGCUUCACAGUAGGUAUGGUGUUCUUGGGAUGCAACUCAGUAUUCUUCUUCCUCCAAACACGACGAGUUGAGUUUAUACCAAAAUGGAUACAUGGAUGAUACAGCAGAGGAUUGGGAGAAUGUCAUGUGGUCAGAUGAAACCUAAAUAGAACUUUUUGGUAUAAACUCAACUCGUCGUGUUUGGAGGAAGAAGAAUACUGAGUUGCAUCCCAAGAACACCGCACCUACUCUGAAGUACAUCAUGCUUUGGGGCUGUUUUUCUGCUAAGGGGACAGGACGAUUGAUCCGUGUUAAGGAAAGAAUGAAUGGGGCCAUGUAUCGUGAGAUUUUGAGCUAAAACCUCCUUCCAUCAGUGAGAGCUUUGAAUGGUUGACCAAAUACUUAUUUUCCACCAUAAUUUACAAAUAAAUUCUUUAAAAUUCCUACAAUGUGAAUUCCUGGAUUUUUUUUUUCACAUUCUGUCUCUCACAAUUGAAGUGUACCUAUGAUGAAAAUUACAGACCUCCGUCAUCAUUUUAAGCGGGAGAACUUGCACAAUCGGUGGCUGACUAAAUACUUUUUUGCCCCACUGUAUAUUCUAUAUAGCAACAGUACGACCAAGUACUACCUCACCAAUUCCGCACAAUGGACAAAAUUCUUACUUAUUAUACUUAUACCUAAAAUUGUGGAGAAAAAGUGAACAAAUGUCAGCAUUUAGUUCAAUAACUUAACUAAAUAUUUAUAUUACAAACUUUUUUAAAUACAAAUUUUGAUAGGCUCCAGCAACCCCGAAUAGGGCAACCGGUAAAAAGGAUGUCCAAAAAAGAGGAAAAAAAAGCUACAUUUUACCACUGGGUAGAAGGUAGUUGACUCUGCUGGUUGAAACAAAGUAGUGCGAUCCAAUUUAACAAUAAAUCCUGCGGUAUUUGUAAUGAUUAUGUCAUCUCUUGUUGAAAACCCACUCAAAAAAAGAAGCCAGUUUUUUUCCACCAAGUUUAACAACUCUAACAGGUUACACUGCAAUAACGUGUGUAAAUCCAAAUGUUAGUUACCUUUUUUUUCUUUUUACAUUUCUAUGCAAACUUACCGACACGGGACAGACCUCUCUAUGACGCGACUUUCUGAAAGACCCCCUUAGUUAGCUUGCCAGGUAGAUAAGCCCCCUCCCCUCUCGCCCCUCAGUACCAAACACCUGUAAAUACUCAACACUGUAUUUAAGUACUGAUAAUGAUAAUAAUCCCAGCCUGUUUUUGUUUUAAAGAUAGAGCUGUAUAUAUCGUGACUGUCGACGUUCUAUACGGUAGCUUCUAUUGACAGCAUUGUUGUGUAAAUAAUUCCACUUUUUGAUUUCGUAUUGUUUCACAUUGAAAAGUAGCGGGCAUUCGUGACUAUUGAGCUUCUAAUAAAAGUUCCUCACUAGUUUUGUACAGAAGGAAGGAAGGAAGGCUACCGCUAACACGGUACAGUAGUGGCAGUCCACUCGCUUUAGAAAAUGUUAUAUAAGAAUAUAUAUAUAUAUAUAUUUAUAUAUAUAUAUAUAUAUAUAUAUAUUUUAUAAAUAUUACAUAUAUUAAUAAACAAAUAUAAAUGUGUAUAUAUAUUUAUACGUAUAUACACACAGGCUGCUAGAUACAAUCACUAAUUUAAAAAAAAAAAGUACAUUAGCUAUGAACGACUGUUAUACCCUAAUUAAAACUUGUGGUGUGUGUGUGUGUGUGUGUGUGUGUG